AUGGCGGAAUUGGAAAAUAUCAAUCCAAAUGUGUACAAAAAGUGUGAAGAUCGAAAGCUUACGAAGGACGAUGAGGACGAGGAUGUGGUGGAUCCGUUCGAUGAGCGAGAGAUUUUCGAUCUGAUCCGCAACAUAAACGAUCCGGAACAUCCGCUUACACUCGAGGAACUUCACGUCCUGGAGCAAAGUCUUAUUACCGUGGAUAACGAAAAAAACAGCGUCAGCAUCCUAUUCACACCAACGAUCCCACACUGUAGCAUGGCAACGCUGAUCGGAUUAUCGAUUCGCGUGAAGCUGCUGCGCGCAUUGCCGCCUCGAUUUAAAGUGUCGGUAGAAAUUAAUCCGGGCACACAUGCAUCCGAGCACUCCGUGAAUAAGCAGCUGACCGAUAAAGAGCGCGUGGCGGCCGCACUGGAAAACACUCAUCUGAUGGAAGUAAUUAAUCAGUGUAUCGGAACGCCUUUGAAAUAAAUCGAAGCUCACAGUAGGGGA